ACCCUCGGUCAUCGCUCGUAGCGCGUUCUCUUAUACACGCGUUUGUUUUCCCUAUCCUCAUUGUUGCCUAACUCCUGACUCGCGGCUGACCCAGAAUCUGGUCGAGAACGACACCAUUGACGACCAUCGAUGUGACUCACCACCAUACAUCUAAUUAUCACGACCUCUUCCGAGCCAUUGAUAUUCGUUAUGAAAAGUCGGGAAAGACACCGCGAUCCAGCCGCCAAGCAAGCUGAAAUCGCUGAAAUACGACUAUCUCCAACACUCUCUCAUUCUUCCAUCACAAGAUGUCUGCUCCACCCCAGCUCACCCGCAGGCCCUACACAGGCAGCUGCCACUGCGGGCACGUCAAGUACAUCGUCUACCUCACGCUCCCCACACUCCCCUACCCGCCCACCACACAGACAGACUUCCGCAAAGCCUCCGGCCACCGCAUCUACAAAUGCAACUGCACAAUCUGCCACAAAGCAAGCCUGUUUCACAUCCGCACGCUCGACGCGGCGAAUGACUUCUUCAUCGUCUCCCCCAAAAACCCCAUGGCCGAGGGGAGCGGAUUGAAGGCCUACGUCGCCAAGGGGAAUACCGGCCCGUCCCAUUUCUGCGAGUACUGUGGAGUGCGCGGGUUUACGUUGAGGGGGGAGGGGUAUAGUGAGGAAGUCGAGUUGCCUACGUCGCUGGUGCAGCGGUUGGAGAGUAGGACUUUGGAUGGGACGGCGGGGGAGAUUACGGGGAAGGAAGGCGAGACGACGCGGGUAUCCGUCUGGCGGCCCACGCAGGAUUGGCAUGAGAGCCAGGACGAUGACAGUGGGGGAGACGACUAUUUGAGCGUCAACGGGGUGACGCUCGAUGCGCACAAUGAGAACUUCGAUCUCCGCCAGCUCCAUGAGAAGGGGUACGUGGGGUAUAUGCAGACGUUGCAGUGGGUGGGUUACGACUAUGAGGAUAAGCCGUAUUCUGGCGGGGCGUAUUGAUUUGCGAGGUGGGGAGGGGGCGAUGGAGUGGGUGAUCGGCAGAGGUCGAAGACGUAGAGACCGACUUAGAUGUAAUAUGGUCUGCUGGCCCAGACAGAACGAUGCAGAUGUAGAGCAGGCACCAGCAACCAGCACUUCCGCAGCUGGAGAGCAGCCAUAGAGGCAAAGGAACUUAUGCAUUCGUGUGGAUCCGAGGACGGUCAUGGUCCAGAACAGAAUGUCGAGACGCGAUGGAAUGCAAGGAAAGUGAGAUGUGGUAUGAUUAGUCGCUUCCUGAUGGGUGUCGAGAUUGAGUUGAGCACGCUGCCUGCCGAUACCGUGGAGCGAUGAGUGCGAAGAUCCGAAGGGUGGCCUCGAGGCCAGUAUUGAACUGUGUCGGCUGGGUGUCUGUGCUUGUCAGCUCGAGUAUUGUCGGUCAAUCAGUAGCAUUCAGAAGUAGAGAGCCGAGCAGAAGAUAAAAA